CAAACAUGUCUGCGCGGAGUUAGCUAUACAGCGUGGGACCUGUCCAGCUGACAGAAGCUACAAAAUAGAAGGGAUGGCUUCUAAAAUCAAAAAGGUCCCGUCAGCCUCCAAAAGACCAGGCCUGAAGAAACAUGAAUCUUCCUUUGAUUUACUUAAGGGGAAAUCUGGAAGUGCUACCUCACAACCCAAACCUUAUCAGUCUUCAAAGAAACCAAAAGAGGACAAGUCCAGGUAGGAAUGCUGCAGCUAAAGCAGAGGUGGCCAGUAGCAGUAUAGCUAAGGAGGGUUUUGACCGAGACGCUGAGCAAAAGUUUGAAAGGAUGAUAGAAGGUCAACUUGACAACAUCCCAAACAUUCCCCGAUCUGUUGUCCGCAUCUUCAUCAGCUCCACGUUCUCUGACAUGCGAGCAGAGCGAAAUGCAAUAGUGCGGGAGGCUACCCCAAAGUUGCGGGACUUCUGUGCGGAGCAUGACCUUGACUUUCAGAUGGUGGACAUGAGAUGGGGAGUGACAGAUGACAGUCAGAAUGACCACUCUGUAGAGAAGAUAUGUCUGAUGGAGGUGGAAAACUGCCAGAAAAUCUCCUUAGGACCAAACUUUGUGCUGAUAAAAGGGUCCAGAUACGGUUUCCGUCCGAUCCCUAUUGAGUUAUCUCCAGAGGACUUUACACUACUUACCAGCUACAUAACCAACCCAGAACACACAAAACUGCUGCAGACCUGGUACCAGAGGGACAACAACAGUAAACCCCCACAGUAUGUCCUACAGCCAAUCAGGUCUCAGUUUACAUUUUAUGGAGAUUAUUCACCUGGAUGUGAUGAGCCUCGUGCAAAGGACACAGAAAACUGGCAACAGACAUUUGAACAGUUACAGCUAAUCCUCAGAGAAGCUGCUAAGUCUGCCGCUGGUGCCGGCAAAAUGUCUGCUAGCACUCUCCAUGAGUAUUUCCAGUCAGUGACAGAGACGGAGAUAAAAUCAGGGAUACUUGAUGUGUCUGACCAAAGCGGCCACACUAUGGUUUACUCACGAUCCUUAACUGGGCUUGAUAACGAGUCUGUUGCUGACAAAGACGCCAGAAGAUAUAUAGAGAUCAAAGACACCAGUGGAAAGCUUGAAGUUGAUACUGUGGUUAAAAGUCUACGGGAUGAACUUUUGAACAAAAUAAAGAAGACACUGAAAGGUACAAAUUGUCGUGAGUAUGAAGUUCCGUGGAUAUCAGGAGGUAUAGAACCAAACUCAAAUGAGGCACACGCACAAUACAUUGAAAGUUUUUGUCAUGACUUUCUGUCUGACAUGAAAGUGCAAAUAAAGGAUGGAAUGACAGACUACCUGCCAAAGAUCCGUUUUUCUGAAUGGUACACUGAUUAUGUUGAGCUGAUCCAUCACCUCCAGUUCUGUAACACCAAGUGUGAGACAUUCUGUGGACAGACCGAUGUUCUGAAUGGUGUCCGGUCCUACAUUCUAACUGACACGUCACGGAAGCCCCUUGUGCUCCAUGCCCCUUCUGGUGCAGGAAAGACAUCAGUCAUGGCCAUGAUCAUGAAAACUCUGCCAUCCUGGUUUAAGAAGCAGAAGCAUGUGAAACUGAUCCGUUUUCUCGGUACAAGUCCUCUAAGCACCAAUAUCUAUGAUGUUUUGUUUGGUGUGUGUGGACAACUCGCUGACCAUGCAGAGAUCAUCAUGGAACCAGUCUCCUAUAAGAACAUGAAGAAUUUGUUGGAGUAUGUGCCCAGGCUUCUUCGACGGGUUGCUAGUGCCAUCAAAUCUCCAAUUGUCAUUCUUCUUGAUUCUUUAGACCAGUUGACAGCCAAUCAUGAUGCACAUUCGUUGGCAUGGUUACCCACCAUACUACCAUCCAAUGUCAAAUUAAUUCUGUCCACACUGCCAGAAGAACAUGGUAUUCUUGACACACUGAGAGACAUACUCCCAAAUGACCAGUGUUACAUCGCAGUUCCCCCACUCUCCAUGACGACCGGUAAAGAGAUAAUCAGUAAAUACUUAGGUCAGAGGAAGCGAACCGUGACAGACAACCAGCUCAAGCUUCUUAUGUCCUAUUUCACUCAGGAUCCAGGUCCACUUUAUCUCAAACUGCUGUUGGAUGAGGCAGUCAAGUGGAAUUCUUACACUCCCGAACAUGAAUAUGUACUUGCCAAUGCAGUCCGAAGUGCUAUCUCACAGUUAUUCAAAAACUUGGAGACUAAAUUUGGGGAGGUGUUUACAAAUCAUGCCCUCGGUUACAUCACUAUUGCCAUGAAUGGUGUGUCUGAAACAGAGAUGGAGGACGUACUCUCCUGUGAUGACGAAGUUCUCAACAAUGUAUACCGCUACCAUAAUCCACCUGUAGAGGGCAUAGUUCGCAUACCUCCAGUCCUCUGGGCUCGUCUCCGCUACGAUCUCAAGGAAUAUCUUGUGGAGAGGCAGACUCACAACAAAUACACACUGAACUGGUACCACAGACAGUUCAUAGAGGCUGGACGUGCUAUGUACACUCAGGGAAAGGCAGGUCAGAAACUUCACACGAACUUCUCUGAAAUCUUCAUGUCCCAAUCAGUCAAGCGAACCAUCGAGCUGGAUUGGAGGAAAACAACCAUAGAAAAUGCUGACCGGCAAAUCACACCCCAAGCUAUGGUGAGCAAAAACAGGAGAAUGUUGUGCUGUCUUCCCUACUAUAUCAACAAUGCUAAAGAGAUGAUCUCAUCAAACCUAGCAAAAGAAAAAUGCUUCUGCAACUUUCACUUCCUGAAAGCAAAAGUUGCUGCUUUUCCUUUGACAGCUCUGCAAGAGGACCUCACAGCAUUUGUGGAUAGAACAGAAGAUGAGGAAGUACAGAAGCUCAGAUACUUCUUUUCUGUUUGCAAAAUAGAGGAUCUUGGCAAUUCAGAAAAAUUUGCUGUCAGCCUACUUGCUAAAAUAUCAUUGACAGAAGGGGAAGCCAACUUGGAGAGAUUGCUAGCUGUGGCUUUGGAAUAUUUACAAUCUAAAAACAAACCUUUGCUGAUUCCAAAGUAUGCCUGUAUGGCUCCUGGUACAAACACAUCCAGUGCCAUGAAGGAUUCCAUCAGAGGUUGCGAAAAAAUCCUAUCUGUGGGUGGAGACUCUGUCCUGUUACGAUUGUGUGGAAAGGAAACAGAUGAGGAGAGCCAAGAUCUGCAUGCAGUUUACAACACAGUCACAGAGGAGCAGCAACAAGUCAGUCUUCCUGAUAUAUUCAGCAAUGGACUGAUGGCAAGGUUAGAUCGAGCUAGUAAGAAAAUCUAUUAUCUCCACAACAGACAAAUCAAUACAGUUAACCUUUUCAAGAAAGUCACAAUGAACAAGAAGUUAUCAGAGGUGUGUCCAGAACUGACUGCUGAGACCAGCCCUGUCAUGUCUGCCUUUGACGCAGAAUCCUCCUAUAUGGCCAUUCUGUUUGAUGAUAGCAGUCUCCUGGUGAUUGAUCUCAGCUCCAUGAAGUCGCUGAAACUGAUGACCUUAUCCGUGGAUGCAACUGAUAUUGUCAACUUGGUGUGUACUGGCUGGGACAGUCCUGCUGUCAUUGCCACAGGCAAAUGUGAAGACGCUGAGAACGGGAAAGCCAUAAAGGGAUUUGUACAACUUUUUCAACCCUCGGAAGAAAACAACGAUACAAUUAAAGAAACUCCUGCUUCUUUCUCAAGUGGCCUGGUAUGUUUGGGAUCAUCAGAGGACUUUCUUAUUGGACUGUGUAAUACUGAAACCUCAUGUACGCUGUUGGCUAUAGAGCUAGAUGAGCUUGACAUGGUGAGUGAGAUGUCUCUUUCAGAUGUCAUGAUUCAGAUGUCUGUUGCGAAGAAACAACAAUUGGCUGCGGUCCUGUCUCAGAAGGGUGUUGUCAGCUUAGUGAACUGGAAAGAAGAGAAAGUCCUCAGUGAGCUGUCUACGAACAAUCCUGUGUCCUGUCUGUAUGUCAACUGGUCACACAACCUGGCAAUGCUUGGUGACUCCCAGGGCCAGAUAGUGUUAUACAACAUACGCAGAAACAACCACUGUGGUACUUUCCCUGCUCACCAAAACAGCAUGCAGCGACUGGUGGGUACAGAGGAAAAUGUCAUUUCCCUUGGCAUCAAUAAAGACAUGAAGAUCUGGGCCAUAUCUGCCCUUACACAGAAUAUCACACAGCCCCACACAAGCUGUGAUACAAGUUCUCACAGUCUGCUGGGUCAGACACAGGUAGCCAGUCUUGAUAUCACUCUGGACAGUCUAGAACUUGUUACUGCAUCACGAGAUAAUACGGUCAGUGUCUGGUCACUCACAGACAUGUCACUAACACGCACUGUUGACAUCUCCAUCGUAGGGGACAAGAUUCAGGUGAUAUCCAAAGAAAGCUGUGUGGCUUUAGAUAGAACUGAUAGGAGAGUUAAAAUAUUCAAAUUGAAGAAUGGUGAUAGUGCUGUUGACUGUGAUCUUCCAAAAGGUGCAUUGGAUUUCACUGUUAGCCAGGACCGUUCACUUAUGUGUAUCCUCUGCCAAAAGGAGAAAGGACUCAUGGUUGAUGUCAUGGACCUUAAAGUUGGGCAGUCAAAGAAAACCUUUUACUUAAAAGGCGUUCCUGAUUAUGAAACAAUUGACAUUUGCCUUAGUGCAAACAGUAGAUUUAUCUUGUUACGUACAAAAGUGACAGAGGCAGACUUCAAGGAGAUAGAGGCAUCUUGGAAGAAGCAAGGGUCUUUCCUUCCUCAGCCCCAUCCUUAUCGUUUCAGCGCCGCUGACCUAACUCAAGCUACAGGAGGGCUUAUGCACUGCAUGAGGACAAUGUCCAAGAUCCCUCACCUUGGAGAAGUCAUGACUCCCAGCCAAGGGAAUAUUAUGAUGCUUACAACCCGUCGUUGGGUAUUGUUCUGGGAUAUUCCAACUGGCAAGUGUGAUCAGAAGGUGAGCAAAGUGGAGAAGAAGGGAAUGAUGUACCGUCCAGACUGGAUGGGACAGGAUUGUAAAGGAACAACUCUGACCAUUACUCAGAGCGUCAAUGGAAAGUAUGUAGCUCUUGGGUCAGAAGAUGGCUACCUCUUUGUCUACCACACUGACUCGGGUCUACCUGUGCAGAAUAUGGCUCCUUCUUCCAAACACACUGCGACGGUGAUAGUGACAGCAUUUUCGCCAAACAAUGAGUGGGUGGCUUCGGCAUGCCGAAACAACACAAUCAAGAUUUGGGAAGCAUCUACAGGCGAAGAGGUGUUUAGCACUAGGGCCAACUUUGAGGUAGUCAGCAUGUGUUUUUCUGCCAACUCCCUGACCCUGGUGGUGUCCAUUGGAUCACAAGUCACAAGAAUUCUUGUAUAUACACUCCACACAGGAUGUUAGCCGAUACUAUGUACAACAAAAAGUGUUACCAUUUGGACUCAACGGUGAAACCAAAAGGCACUCAAUGUUGUUUGCAUUGGACUCAAACAGUGUUUCAACCAUUGGAAACACUGAUGUUACCUCUCAAGUGUCCUCAAAUGGUGUCAUUACUGGUACCAUCGAGACACAUAGUGUUACCGUUCAGACUCAGCAAUAAUACCAUGGAGAUUCACUAGUGUUUUCAUUAAAAGUAGAAAAUGCCAUAACUAUUCGCUAGAACUAAACAAACUAUUAGGGCUAGAAAAUAUCCUCAUUAGGACAAGAAAUCCUAGUACUUCGACAAGAAAAUGACUUAAAAGAUCUACAUAGUGCCAUCACUAGAAUUUGAAAAUACGAAAAUCAGGACUAGAUCAUGCAUUGUUAUCAAUUAAUUAUAAAGUGACACAUUUUGUGAUUAUGACAGUAGAAGAUGACAUUGAAAGUGAAGGACCAUCAACACCAUCAGUGUACAAGUCUGUUUGACAGAUAAACAUCACAUUCAAUGGACCAAGAAGGUAUCUGCGACACUUGCAUACUUACUGACAGAGGUUCAGUACACAGUAGUCUAUCAGCUGGUGAAGAUUGUUUGGUAGUGAAAGUUUUUCUUGUUGACAGAGAAAUAUGAUUCUAUUAUAAAUAUAAAAUGUCGGUGAAUUAUUAUCUAUUUUUUUCAUAUUGAUAUAGUAAAAUUGCUUCUGAAAAGUUUAUGGUUCCUUUUAAAUCAUAUAAGAUUUUUUUUUAAAUUCUACAACAUCUUCAAAUCAGACAUUUGUUUAUAUGUAAACGUAAAUGUUGUGUGACAUUGUUAUGAAAUCAAGAGAAUUUUAUCUGCCUAUAUUUGAAGUGGUAUAAACAUUUACUGGUUUGUGUUGCGGGGAAAUUUCAUGGUCUUUCUUUAUCGAUAGAUGUUGGUUUCUUAGAAGUACUUAAAUGUACUUUAGAAAUUGCGUGACAAUAUUGAGACUUUGAGUUUAAACGAGAUGUUUGUAUCUUAAGUUAAAAGUGAGAUUCACACAGAAUGAGUUGUAAGGCUAAAAGGGUGAAGAUCAUAUCUACUCUAUGACAUAUUUAUUGUGUAUCAAUUUUACUAUCCUUUUAAGAUAACAAUUCAUUAUAAAGUGUAUUUAAGUCGUCUUGUGAAGUGGCAGAUAUGGAAACGACUGAUAUCAUCACCACUUUGUCAGCUAAUGUAGAAUAUAUGUCUGUUGUUAUUUAAGGCUCAUGUGAGGCCUACAUCCUGAUCCGAGGGUAAUUUGAUGACAUUAUUCUUGUGUACUGUCAUGACAUCAGUCCUGUGUACUGUCGUACUCGCAUGACAUCGAUCCUGGGUACUACAAUGGCUUUGGUCAGGUAUAGUGAUGACAUCGUUCCUGUGUUCUGCAAUGGCGUUGGUCAGGUAUAGUGAUGACAUCGUUCCUAUGUUCUGCGAUGGAGUUGGUCUGGUAUAGUGAUGACAUCGAUCCUGGGUACUACAAUGGCUUUGGUCAGGUAAAGUGAUGACAUCGAUACUGGGUACUACAAUGGCUUUGGUCAGGUAUAGUGAUGACAUCGAUCCUGGGUACUACAAUGACUUUGGUCAGGUAUAGUGAUGACAUCGGUCCUGGGUACUACAAUGGCUUUGGUCAGGUAUAGUGAUGACAUCGAUCCUUGGUACAACAAUGGCUUUGGUCGGGUGUAGUGAUGACAUCGUUCCUGUGUACUACGAUGGCGUUGGGUAGGUGUAGUGAUGACAUCGUUCCUGUUUUCUGCGAUGGCGUUGGUCAGGUGUAGUGAUGAAAUCGGCCCUGUGUUCUACGAUGGCGUUGGUCAGCCGUAAUGAUUACAUUGGUCCUGUUCUCUGCAUUUGCGUUGGUCAGUUGUAGUGAUGAUAUUGGUACUCUGCUCUGCCAUGGCUUAGGUCAAGAAUAGUGGUGGCAUCGGUCAUGUGUUCUUCAAUUACGUAGGUCAAGUGUAGUUAUCACAUUGGUCCUGUGUUCUGUUAUGGUGUUAGUGCAGCGUACUAUAAUGGCAUUGGUCAUGAGAUAAAACUUGUCCCGGUUACAGUGGUGGCACUGAUAUGGUUAACAAUGAUGACAUUCUCACAUGUUCUGUGAAAACACCAGUUUUGGAAUGACAUUGGUAUCGGGUUUUGUGAAAGCAUUGAUACAAAACACUGUGACGACAUCUGUUCACCAGACUGCUGUACUGUUAUUAUACCGCUAUUAACUCGAACACACUUAAAGUUUUAAAAAGUUUUCAAAUUUCUUGAUAAACUAUCAAAUGAAAGGAGAACUGCAUACUCUUUUCAGCUUAAAAUGGCAUUAUUUUAUUUUAUUUUUGCUUGUACUGAUGAUGAAUGCAAUUAGUCUGAUAUUCGAAUUCAUUACAUUCAUUCCCCAUCAACAGUAACAUUUGAAAGUUCAGGCGACCUCCAUUCUGUUGAUUACUAUGUGUGUGUGGGCUUUGUAGUGAAUCAGUCACUGCAAUAAAUCAUCUCUUAUAUGUACCAAAUAGAACACUCAUGUUAAUUAAGAUAUUUUUGGUUCUGAAAAUAUAGUAAUUUCUGUUUUAGUAUCUGAUUCUUGAGAGUGAUUUACAUGCAUAGCUGUCCUUCUUCAACAUUUACAGUGUAUAUUUAAAUAUCUUAUUGAUCUGUAAACCCGGUUUCUAUUGCAUAUAUCCUUGAUCAUGUCAAACAGAACGAUGCAAUCCUCGAUAAACUGUGAUUGUAUAACCUAGCAGUGUGCCCUGAUAUAAUGUCAAUAGUUGUUUUCACAAAUGUGCUGUAUAAGGGGACACAGACUUCCAGAUGGUCACAUGAUCUGGGGUGUAGACUAGGGGUCGGGACCAGUUAUAAAGAUACGUAUCUGGAGCCGGCGCUGGUAAUUGAUUUCAACCAGUGUUACAUCAGUAGUGUCCCUGCCACUGAAUCAGAGAUUAGUUAUCACAACAAUUACUGCUAAUUCUACCGGCUUGAAAUUUUUAUAAACAUGUGUCAGACAAAUACGGAGAUAACACUUCUUUUGUGGCCUCAUCUGUGAUUAGUUUCACUUGUGCACUUUAAACAAACACCGUCCUUAUUGAUUAGUAAAUGAGAGAAAAAAGUAAGUUAUGAACACAUUAUUGACUGGAUUGAUGGUGAUGUGCAUGAUCAAAUGCACCAAGGAGACACCCGUCUGUUAAUGUUUGUGUCAUACUUGGCUGCUUCUCGUGUGGACUGAUAGAACGGCUGCCUUUGAUCAGUCGGGCAUGACUGGUGUACAAUUUUACAUGUCUCUGGUUUGAAUGGCUAUUUCAUUGGAACAGUAAUUGGACUGUACCGAUUUACUUUCAUCUUUUAGACAUGCACCAGUAGAGGAGCAGGAUUGAAGUUAAUACAAUUUACGUUUUAUUUGCUGUCGCUUUCUAGAUAUUUUAAAUUGUCACAUGUCCCUAGAUGACAAAGCUGGUGUAUGGUGUUUCAUGUGACACUCUAUUUUUUGUGUAUCCCUACUCCAACUGUUUGUGAUACUCUUGGCUGUGCUAUUUAUCCCUCUUCUUACUCCAACUGUCUGUGAUACUCGAGCCUUUGUCUAUCCUCUACCAACUCCAACCGUCUGUGAUACUCGAGCCUUUGUUUAUCCUCUACCAACUCCAACCGUCUGUGAUACUCGAG